GCUGCGCGCGCCAAGGCGCCGUCACUAAAAACUCGCACGAGGCGCGGGGCCACAACUUUUAUUGCGAAGUUGCGGCGCUGUCGAGCGGGACUUUAUCGGCAUGGUCCUCGCGCUCACCUUGUCCGCUUGAGGAGCGCGCGAUGCCCGCUGUAACGAAGGCGGGAGAAUAAGGAAGCCCAGGCGCGCGCGCGGAGGGAGCGACUCCUGGCCGAGGUGCGCUCGAGCUCUGAGGAAAGUUCUCGAGCGAGGCGAAAGGGCGCGAAGGCCGAAGCUCGCGGGUCUCGACCUCCUCGCGCGACUGACAUCGAGGGCUGAGCGAGAGCGACACGCGCCCCAGUUAUGUACAGCUUGAUGGACCACGGCGAGCUGAAGGUGGCGGCGGGGGCACCUCUUCCUCCUCCUCUUCCUCCGCCCCACCAGUCCCAUCAACCCCAGCAGCCCCAGCAGGCCCUGUCCCCCGUGGGGCCCCACUCGGGGAGCGGGGCCGGGGCCAAGGGCGCGUGCCCGCCCGCCGGCGACCCCCUGGACAAGGUGAAGCGGCCCAUGAACGCGUUCAUGGUGUGGUCGCGCGGGCAGCGGCGCAAGAUGGCGCAGGAGAACCCCAAGAUGCACAACUCGGAGAUCAGCAAGCGGCUCGGCGCCGAGUGGAAGCUGCUCACGGACGCCGAGAAGCGGCCCUUCAUCGACGAGGCGAAGCGCCUGCGCGCCCUGCACAUGAAGGAGUACCCCGACUACAAGUACAAGCCGCGCAAGAAGAGCAAGCCGCCGCUGCUCAAGAAGGAGGGAUCCGGGGCCGCGCCGGGGGCCAAGUACCCGCUGGCCGCCGCCGGGAACCUGUUGGCGGCCGCCGCGGCUGCAGCAGCCGCCGCCGCAGGGCAGGGACCGGCCGGCAGCCCCAGGAUGGAGGGCUACGGCUGGGGCCCCGCGGGGGGGUACGCGGCCAUGCAGAGCGACGCUCUCGGCUACUCGCAGCAGCUGCACCGCUACGACCUGUCGGCCCUGCAGUACCCCCCUGCGAUGGCCACCGCGCAGUCGUACAUGAACAGCGCCAACUCCUACAGCCCCAUGUCCUACAGCAGUGGCGCCCAGCAGCCGAGCCCCGUGAUGCCCGUGGUGAAGCCGGAGACCGUGCCGCACUCGUCGCACUCGCCGCCCGGGCCGCCCGCUCACCACCGCGGUGCUCUGCAGGGUGACCUGCGUGACAUGAUCAGCAUGUACAUCCCCGGAGGCGAGGCGGCGGACCCCGCGGCGCAGCGCUCCUACCCGGCCGUGCAGCAGCACUACCUCGGUGGAACCGUCCCGCUCACGCACAUCUGAGGCUCUGGGUGCGAGGACCCCCCCCCCCCCCCCAACUCGUGUCGCUGUGUGUGCGCUGCGCUCAUGUGUAGUUGUACUGCUAGGCGGCCUGUCUUAGUGCCUCUCGCCACUUUGGUUGGUGUGACGUCAUGGAUCGAACCCGGGUUUGUGAGCUGGGGCUCUGGGUCUUGUUUCAUGAGUAGAAACCCCCCCCCUUCCUGAGAUGCCUACAGGGCAACCCUUAGUAACCAUGUUUGAAGUGGCCAAUCAGGAUCCUCCGUUGGGUCACAUGGGAUUCUGAUAUUUGUAGUUUUAAUUCAACAAAUGAACAGGGCCUUGGGGCCUGUGCUCUUUUACCAAUAGUUUUUAAUUUAUUUAUUUUACUACUGAAAAUCCUACCGCACAUUGGAUAGACCCUGCUUGCACCUGCACCCACCGAGCCCCUCCCGCGAUGGUGUCGUUGACGCCAUGCGUGUUACUUUGGGACACGGCCAAGGCGUGUCCAUGUGUCCUGCUCCAAGUGUCCUUUCUGAGGAGCUCUGGUUGCAUGUCCUCGCUGUCCAGCAGUGUGCUGACACCCCCGAGCUGGUGCCCUGCCAACAGAAACACUGUCAAACCCAGAUCCUUAACUAGUCCAGAGGGGCUGCGGGGCUCCAGUAGGUGAGGGAAGUCGGCCUUAGUGAUACUGGGAGUGCCCUGUUUACACUGUUUACUCUGCAAUCUGAGUGUGCGAGUGCACAUGUGCUGUAAAGUCUUUCCACUGUAGUGUGUGUUCAUGGUCCUGUACAUAGUGUCACGUGUAUAGUUUGGCAGCCCUUACACUAAGGGUGCUUUUGUGGUACAGAAACUUGUAAAGGGUGAUGAGGACAGAGUGAGUAAUAAAGUGUGAAGUGUU